AUGUGUAAGAAAUAUACUUUACAACAUCAGCAUGAGAUGAUAAGAGCUCAUCUUAGACUUCUUGGUCGUUUCUUAUUUACUUUGAAGGGAAUUAAUUUAGAAAUUACAGAUUUUGCGUCACUUUAUGAACCAAAAUUUUAUAAUGCAGUAAUCAAGGCAGUAAAUAUAGUUGCUGGUUUAAAUGAAAGAACAAGUAUAUAUAGAGCUCCUACUGUAGCUUCUAGUCUUGGUACAUUGAUAAAAAAAUUGGGUAAAAUUUUAGAAACUGAAUGUAUUAAGCAAUUGGAUAAAAACAAAAAAGAACGUGUUAGUGAUUUUUUAUCUUUGCUUGAAGUAGAUUAUGGAGGCAGUGUAAGUAAAGUUGCAAUAGAUAGUCGAAUUGCAAAAAGACGCAAUCAAAAAGUGAUUCUUCCAUCGAAAAAUGAUAUUAUUAAAUUGAAUAAAUAUGUUGCAAAUUUACGCAAAUCUUCAUAUCAAGAAUUAGAAGAAAAAUUUACAUAUCAAUCCUGGUUAAAUUUAGCAAAAGCAACUCUUAUUUACAUUCAGAUAUUUAAUCGCCGUAGAGCAGGUGAAACCGAGCGAUUAUUAAUAAGUGACCUCGAUAAAUCUGAAAAAAUAGAUGAAAGUGAUGAACAGUAUCGGGAGUUACGUCCAGAAGAUAAAGAAACUGCUGAAAAAUAUAGACGCGUAAUUAUACGUGGAAAGCUUGCAAGAUCUGUCCCGAUAUUAUUAGAUUUCGAUAUGCGUAGAAGCUUAAAAGCCAUUCUAAAAUUUCGAAGAAAUGCAUGUGUUUCUUUCGGAAAUCCAUAUGUAUUUGGAAUUCCUGGAUAUUAUAAGAGACGUUACAAAUAUCUUAGAGCUUGUACUUUACUGCGUGAAUUUGCUCAUAACUGUGGUGCUAAACAAGCACAAACAUUACGUGGUACAAAUUUACGGAAGCAUAUUGCAACAACAUGUGCAAGCUUAAAUUUACCAGAAAAUAGAAUAGAUAGCUUCGCAAAUUUUAUGGGACAUCAUGAGAAAAUUCAUAGACAAAUAUAUCGUCAACCUGUAGCAGCAAUUGACAUCUUAGAUAUGUCUAAAGUUUUAGAAAAAGGUCUUGGUAUGCAUGAUAAAAAAAAUAUUUCGUUUGAAAAUAGUGAUAUUGAACAACAUGGUAAAUAUUUUACUUUAUAA